AUGUUUUCUGGAUGGAAAAAGACAGGGGUUGUAGGUGAGUUUAUUUUAUUUUGUGAAUAACCUUUCAUAAAAUGUGUAAUUUUUCCCUGCAAUGGUUGUCAAAAAGAUUUUCAAACUGAUAACUACUUCGAUUAGAUUCCAUAAAAACAGAAGAAUUAAGAAAACGUGAAGCAAAAUUAAAAUUUCUAACUUGCCAUUGCGACCAUAUACCCCGGUGUAUUCUUCAUGUUAUCCGUUUUCUGUUUUUUUUUCUUUCUUCUGCGUGCAUCUUCAUUUAGAAACUGAGGAGGACUUGAUAAGAAAUGCAGAGAUCAAGAGAAGACUUAUUGGUGAACUCUCCCUUGCAGUGAAAGAGGUAUGUAUACCUAAUAAUUUGAAUCUCAGAUUGCUCUCAAUGCAAAAUAUUGUUAUCCAAAAAUUGGGUUAGUUUUGGUGGUGUUAUUACUAAUGUAUUUUUCCUUUUAUUGUUAGCUUCAGAGAAAGCACAUUGGAGCUGAUUUGGAUGUGGAAAGGUUGAUUGUGAAUUUACAUUUGGCAGCAACGUCAACAACAAUCCUUUAUUCAAUUUGUUUAAUAAUCAAGAGCUUUUUUAACUGGUGAUCAUUUCCUUUAUUCUCAUGACAUUAAUGUGUGAUUCAGGGGUGAUAUUGUAAGGAGAAAUUAUAUGCUAGUCACUCUUAGGGGCCAAAUGCUCAAUCAGGGAACCUUUUUAUCAUGCUACAUCUUGGUUUGUUGUGGAGACACAACAUCUUGGUUUGUUGACAGUAAGGAGAAAAACAAAUUUGAUCUGGGAGUUAAAGGGUUAACAGUGACUGGCAUCUAUAUUCUCCCUACAAGAUCAUCCCCAAAUAAAACAUUAAGGUCAUGAGAAUAAGGGAAAUCAUCAACAACUAAAGAGGCUCGUGAUUGUUCAACAAAUUCUCCUUUUCAGAACCUUAAGAAAUGUUUAGAGAGAGUGUGGAGAAUAUGCAAACUGAUGUUCGGGUGUAAAGGGGUUAACUCCCAGAUGUGAUCAACAUGUGCCUCAAUUCUCCUUAUAUCCAAUGCAUACAAUAUGCAAAAGACUGGUAAUGAGAAUACUCAAGCUUAUCAGGUAGAAGUUGUUAUCUUGCUCAAACACUAAAUUCUGGAAACUAAUUUACAAGGAAAUGUGAAGGAUCUAGAGGUGAGAAUUAACAAUCAGAUCUCUGGAGUUUAAAAGGUUGAUUUAAAGAGUACCAUAACCUUUGACAAAGUGACUGUAUCCUUUCUUUGUCCACAGGAAUGAUGAGCAUGCGUUAAUGAUCAGUACUUUGCUAGAGGCCAUCUUUCUUCAUGGAUUUCAGGAUCACGGUGUUAAGGUGAAGGGGUUUUCAAAAUUUUUAGUUUUAAAUCUCUGUUAUACGUUGCUGAUGGACAUUUGAAGUGGUAUUUGUAUCUUCAACGUACAGUUCCAUGAAUGAUAUUAUUUAAGUAUAGAACUGAUAUCUUACACUAUUUUUCAUAUUAAUUUGUUAUUAUAAAUACAUUUUUUUUACAGCUAUCAAAUUUUUACAAUCUCCUUGGCAAAAUAUCAACAGAAGCCAUGCCAACUCAUGUGAGUUUUUCUAAGAAGAUAUAUUAGUCACUGCAGUGUUAAGGAGACAUUUGACUGCAAAAUUUGAAAGUUUAAAUCAGUUAAUCUGGCACUUACAACAUGGAAAAACACAAGGGCUGUGUGCAAUAAGUCAGAGACUGAAAUCAUAGGCCUUUAAACCUCAAACUUUAAAGAUGUAAUUGGUAAUUCUCCCUACUUACUUCCAUACUUUUCCUUGGAGAUCAGACAAGAGAAUUUGGUUGGAGUUAUAAGGGGAGUCAUAAGUUUGACAGAAUCAGAGUCAGAAGAAUCAGAACAGUUUCAUUUUCUUGCAGUUCGGCCUAUGACUCUGAUGCUUACGAUCCAAGAAAAUAAGAUUGUUGAAGUUGCAAGCAGAAGUGGAACAAUCAACCAAUCACAAUGCCAGUUCCCAGGCCCUUCCAGUACAGUCUUUUGCUUGCAACUCCUACAAUUCAACUCUCCUUGGGUCAUAAAUAACUGAGUGGCAAGUAGCAUGUCUGAACAUUUUUCUUCCAAUGCCAUAUGAUUUUCACUGGAGUAUAUCACUCUGCACUUCUGAUAACAAGUCUGACUCCAACUCCAUCAUAAGUAAAACCAGCCUCAAGGAACAGUACAUGUGAGCUACACAUAGAUCCGAUUGUUAAUGAUGUGCCUUUGUUUCUAAUUUUGAUGAAUGAUUCUAGUGUUCGUAUGUUGAUAAAAGUACACUCAGGAAAUAUGUUUACUUCAUUACUUUGCCACUUAAAUAGUCUUAAUUUCUCUGCAGUCAUUUUGGUCCCUGCUCACAAGUUUCACACACAAAGACGUGUUAAAUGAGCUGGAACAUCUUUCUCACAUCCACACUCCUGUGGGAAGAUGUCGGGUGAGUCUUCAACCCUUCAAACCUUGAUUUCUAAUCAAUAAAAAUUAACUUCUCCUCGUGAUUCCAAUUGCUAGAAACCUGUGAGGAUCAUUUCUUUAUUUGAUUCAUCUGCAGACCAAAUGGAUCUUAUUUUUGAUCUUCAAAAAUUGUGAUGGAAAAGAUGUUUGUUGAUAACUUUUAAAAUCUUCUUAAUGUUUAUACAUCCUAGGCAUGGAUUCGCCUUGCUUUAAAUGAUAGCUUAAUGGAAAGUUACCUUGAUGCCAUUCUGAUGGACAAAAAUAAAUUACUGUAAGUAUUACAAACAAGAUGUUUUUGCCUAAUUAACCCUUAAUACCUUAACAUCAGUAUGCAUAUUCUCCAUACUGUUCUCUUAAAAAAUUUCCUCAGGUUCUGACAAGGAAGAUUUUUUUAACAAUCAAGAGCCUCUUUGGUUGGUGAUCAUUUGCUUUCUUCUCCUGACCUCAUGACCAGUAGUGAUACUGUGGGGAGAAAUUAGAGGCCAGUCAAUCCCAAGGGUUAUAGAGUCCCUUUGCAAACUGAAUUCCCAGUUUUCUGGGAAUUCCUACUAGAGGAAUUCUCAAAAAUUCCCAAUUAUGCAAAUUUAACUAAUAACCCCUUAACUCGAUCUCAUAAGUGAUUAACAUGUAACUUCUCCCUAUAACAUCCACAUGUUAUCCAGCCAACAUGUUAUGAGUAUACUCAAACUUAUCAGAUAGAUUAGUUAGUAGUCUUGAUCUAACACCAAAUUCUCGCAAUUCACUUACAAAGAAAUGUGUAGCAGCUAGAGGAGAGAAUAAAAAAUCAGAUCUUGGGAAUUAAGAGUGAUUAGCAUCUAAUUUCUCCUUAUAAUAUCACCCCUGAUUCAAACAUUAAGGUCUCAAGAAUACAAGAAAUGAUCAUCAACUUGAGAAGCCUUUGAUUGUAAAACAUAUUCUCCUUGUCAGCGCCUUAGGAAAUGUAAUAAGAACAUUAAGGAGAAUUUACAUACUGAUGUUAGGGUGGAAAGAGUUGAAGGGUUCACUUUUCAACUCCCAGAAGUGAUUAACAUGUAACUUCUCUCUAUAUUAUUCAUAAACUAUAGGGCAAAAAGGUAAAGAGAAUACUCAAACUAAUCUGGUAGAAGAUGUUAUCUAGAUCUAACAUCAUAUUCUUGAAGGUAAUAUACAAGAAAACGUGUAGCAGUUGGGGAGAGAAUUAACGAUCACAGUUUGGGAGUUUAAGGUUUAAUGGUCGAGUCACUUUUGACACUGAUUAACUAGGGUCCUGUAUCUUGCAGAUAUUUCUACAAAGGUUCAUCUUUUAUGUUGGAUUCAGAACUACCAUCUAUCAUGAAAACUUUCUUACAAGGUAAGAGCUGAGAGCUAGGAGAAUAUCUCUGGGUUCAAAAGGAGCAGAAGAUUUCAAUUCAAAUAAACUUUUGAAUCUGGGUGCUGCUCAGUGAAGUAUGGCCCUCUAAAUUGACUAAUCAUAGUGCACAUACCAACCUAGAGAUAUAAUUAGUACAUUUAAUAAUUUAAGUUGUUAAAGUUUGGAAGAAAUAAACAUCUCUUAAAAACAGAAAUAAUUUCUAACUGUGAAAUCAAUCGGUCAUUAGGCCUGGGGGAAUUUAAGUUUGACUUCAACUACAACACGCCUGGUUUGAACUCAUGGUCUGGUGAUGCACUGGCUCUCUGCGGAAUUUGGCAAUUACCUAAAGUGGCUCCUCGGUCUCUUCCACCUACGUACACACAGUCAGGUAAUUUAUGGUGCAAAUGACAUAAUUUUUAGGGAAAAACCUUGAGGUACUCAAUUUACUGUAUGAGUAGAGUUUGAAUUUCAGUGCUUGAUGGUUGUGUUGCUUGAAUGUAUGUGUGUUGGAAAAGAAAGGUAUUGGAAUUUUUGCAACUUUAAAAUCUGUCCUGGAAAAACUGGAUCUUGCCAUUUACCCCCAGAUAUUCAUGGUAAAAUGCUGCCAGUUCCAGCUUUGGCAAUCAAGAGCUUCUUUUAACUAGGCAGUGAUCAUUUCUGUUAUUCUUGUGACCUUCAUGUUUGAUUCAGGGGUGAUAUUGUAAGGAGAAAUUAGAUGCUAGUCACUUGUAGGGGUUAGAGCCAGUUACAUUACUGUAAAAAGUAAAUAAUUUCAAUUGGCUCUUCUCUAGGUAUGCCUUUACAUGGAGGCUCAACUGUUCCAGUCAUCAUUCCAGGGGAUCAGCAUGUAGCUCAAGGUGAAGCCUCCACAAGUUCCUUUGACUCCAGCACUGCAGAGGUGGCUGAACUUGCAGGCUGCAGCCUCGAGGAGAGCACUGAAUUAAAACGCAGAGCUCAAGUGUUGCAAACAGAGCUUGCUGAGGGAAUGAUUAUGGACAAUGCAGACAAUAGAGAAAGGUUUUCGGAUUCACCUUCCACAGAGGAGAAUAUGGAUGGAAAAGGUAUGUAACUGUGGCCAGUUAAAUUCCUCUCUCUUUUAUAAUUUUGGGGGAAUAAGUAGCAAUUGGCUUUCUAAAUAAUUUGAUCAUUAUCUGUAAUAAUAAUCAUUACUUGAUUUAGUGAAGUUGUUUCAUGUACAUGUUUACUUGUUACCAUUUUUGUACCUUGCAGCAAAAGGAUGAAUUGAUUUCAUCAUGAAUAAUAAUUAUAAGUAGAUGUUAAUAGUUAAUUAAUAGUUAAUACUUAUAUGUAAACAAAGAUAUUUAAAUGAUGUCAUGUCCAUGUAGUUGGAUCAUUCAGGUGUGAGUAGUUAAAAGAGGAUUGCAUUUUUCCUGCCUGAGCGAAAGUUAAUUUCUUAGUCGAGAGCCAACUGAGAACUUCCAUUCAGGCUGUUGAAAUGUCAGUCACAUUUUUAGGACUAACCAGGCAGCCCACCUGUACUUUAAUCAGACUGUAUGCAAAUCUUGAUCAGAAUUACGGUCAUUUUGCCCUUAAAUGGUCAUUUCGCCCCCAGUCACUUUGCUCCGACCAAAAAGUCACUUCGCUCCAAAAUCAAAGUCACUUCGCUCCAUAAAAAAGUUACUUUGCUCCAUGUAAGAAAUUAGUGAAAUAUUGUUUUGAUGUUGGAGUUGGACUGAUUUUGAACUAAUGUCAGUUCAGAUUUAUUAACUAAAAAAUGCAGCUUCCAGUCGCAUUCGCUUACACUUGGUAACAUGAAAUAUCAUUUCAUUUGAUUGCUUUCCUCAACACAAAUUCUUAUACAUUGUAAUUCCUCAAAACCUCCAUUAUUGCUCAGAAGGAAUACUUGAAGGAGUCCUUGUUAAUUCUUAUUAAUAGUUUGGAAUGUAUUACUCCACUGAGUGUUCAAUUUUUCUGUUCCCUCAAAAAAUGAGGCAUGUUAACAUUUUUGUUGCACACUUGUGACAAAGUAAAUGACAUCCUACAGACUGUAUUUCCUUAAAUAAGCACCCAGCCACUUGCUUUAAAUCUUGGCUAAAAGGAAGGGCACUUAUUGAAAGGAGUGGCCCACCUCCCACCCCUUAAUGAGGGGGGGGGGGGCUUGUUAUUUUUACUAGCUUUUACUGAUUUCACUGUUGUUAAAGCUUUAAGUGGCAAUAGAGGCAGGUAUCUCUUGUAGUGUUAUUAUUUAAGAAAUUGAGGUAGGAGGGGUGGGGUGUUUAUUUGGGAGGGGUGCUUGACAUUAUGGCUUAAGGGCUGGGCAGUUUUUUCAGGAAGGGUGCUUAUUAGAACAGGGGUGCUAUUUAAUGACCAAGCUCAACAUAUACCAUCUUUUUUUUUUUUUAUUGAUACUCAUAUUUCUUAUUGAAAAUCUUACAGCUGUAGGAAGUCAACCAGCUGUAGUAGAAGUUCCAACUAGUUCCAAUGACAGUGAACGAGACACUUGCAGCCCAACUCCUUUAGGAGGCAGCAACAAACUGGGGAUGUCUAGUGGCUGGUCAUCAACAUUUGAAACUGAGGCUGUAGUGGAUGCUGUUGAUGGCAGUAACUGCAAUGACCAGGCGGACACUGCUGACCCACUUCCCAGUUCUCAAGAGAGGCUCAGUCCCAGAAUCCCAACAAAGACACAAACACCCAGUUUUGGGACUCUGUUAAGGGAUUAUAGUGUCCAGGGAAGAAAAAGAUUUGAGCCUCCUGUGUAUGUUGAUGGUGCAGUGCCAACACAACCAAAGCAGGUGCAAAGUAGUCAGGUUCAUGUUUAGCUUUUUUUUUGCCAAUAUUUGGUUAAACCUUUCACUCUCAUACGUGACAAAGACACAAAUUCUUCUUACAAAAUCAAUAAGAUGUCAAGCAGACAAGUGUUGAGAAUAAAACUUACCAAGGGAUUAUCAUUUGAUCCAACAUCAAAUUCUCAUAACUUACAUUAGGAGAAAUGUAUGACCAUUAGUGAGGAGAAUUACCAUUGACUGACCGAGAUAGUGGGAGUGGAGGCUAAGGGUCAAUAUCUUGAAAGCAAAGUCCUCUAUGAAGCAUGUCAGUUUUUAGGAAUUUAAGUUUUUUAGAAUGUCGUAAUCCAUCUGCAAGAAUUAGCUACUGCAGCAGCAGUUUGCAACUUGUGGUUUUCAAUAACAAUAUUUUAAAAUCCUUUGACACUGAAGAGUGACUAGCAUCUAAUUUUUCCCUAAUAUAUCAGCCCUGAAUCACACAUUGAGCUCAUAAGAAUAAAAGUAAAUGAUCAGCAAACAAAGAGGCUCUGGAUUUUUAAGCAAAUUCUCCUUGUCAGCACCUUUGGAAGUGUAUAGAGAUCAGUGUGGAGAAUAUGCAUAGUGAUGUUAGAGUUUAAAGCAUUACAGAAUGACAAUUAUGAAUUAGGGUAAAGAUUGAUGAUGACUAUAUUGAUAUUGAGAUUAACAAAUCAAAUUGUAUCAAUCUCUCAAUGUUAAGAUUCCAAAAACAAAGAGGAAACCUGAGAUGCAACUAUCCGAAACUAUCACAGCUUCUGGUUUUGAGGUUUUGCAGAAAAGUAGUUCGGUGCACUCAAACCAUGGCGACAAUCGUUCCUCAGAGUUGAUGACACUAGUGACAGAGAUUGCCACUGAGCAGGGGUUGGACAACCAAAAUUAUCAAUGCAAGGGAUGUGGGAGAAACAUAGGUGGGUCAUUGGUUUCUUUAGUAAAAAUCAUUGUUGCUGUGAUUAACAUUAAAGGUGAGUGACUUCUCAGUAGUUGGUGCAGUGAGGGGCAUAGUCUGGAUUUUUCUAAGGGGGCGUCACACCCAGUUUACCUACCUUACUGUCAUGUUGACGUCCAUGCUCUACAUGUUUUACUGAAAGAGACAUAUUGUUGGAUGAGCAUUGAGUGUUGCAUGUAUAGUGUCCAGUUCAUCUAGUGGUGAGGGUAUGAGCCCAGGCUGAAUCAAUCUGUUGUAUGUGUGAACAAGACAAUCCACUCUCAUAGUCCUUAUAUUCUCCCAGGAGUAUGUACCAAUGAACUGUCCUCUAAACAUGAAAAUGUGUUUACUAGGAUGACUCUCUCAUUUUCAGCCAAAAAAGAAUAGUUGGAGAUAAAAUUAAGGGUGCUGUGAUUCACUCCCAAAGUUCCAUGCAGCUCUCUAGUAACAAUUUCCUUUUUUGCAAUGUUUUUUUGUUUGACUCGUAUGAUUGACUCAGCAGAAAACGGAGGGAAUGCUUGUGGUUAAGAAAAUUUGUUGGUUUAUAAUCUUUUGGACUGGCAUCCAAUUCAAAAGAAGCAAUGUUGUAAAUUCUUGUCAUGCUACAUUACAACUCAGAGGUAGUUGACCCUAAAUGCAUGCAAAAAAACGUGUUUAUGUAUGGAACAGUCUUUUGUUUUACCAUUUGUGUAACUUUGAAUGGUGUGUUAGAUUUACAACAAAGGCCUGGAGUUAUAGCAUUUGGCAUCAGUUCAUUUUUGAAAUGGCUUGCCUGCAUUGUGAAGAAAAAGGAAAAAGAUUUUGACCCACUGGGUACCUCUUUAGAAAGUGAACAAGAUCGGGAAAUAUCAAGUUCAAAUAAGUCAUUGUUGUGAAAGUUUAUGGCUUGCAGCUAGCAGCAAAACUUGAAUAAUUUGUAGUCAAUUCUCAGUAUAAUUAUGUGAAGUCAAUUUGCAGUUUCCUGAAUUGAAAACUGGGAUGAGUUCUAAUGUCCUUGAAAGGCUUAAAAACUAACUAACAAACAAACACAAAUUGUCGACAACCUUAAUCAAACAAUAUACCCUUUAACUCCCACCAGUGACCAAGACAGAAAUUCUCCUAACAGUAUCAUUACAAUAUCAAGCAGACAAGUGAUGAGAAUAAAGAAAAAUAUCAGUGAGGGGACUAUUAAAAGUUGAUUCAGUACCAAAUUCUCCAAACAAACAUUACAUGAACUGUAAGGCAGAUAGUUAGGAGAAUUACUAAUGAGAUCUUGGGAGUUAAAGGGUGAAUUAAUGGUGCCUAAAAUUUAUUUUGCCAAUAGUUUUGUUUAUUAUUAUUUAGGAAUGAUCUAUGGAGAAUUUAAAGUUUGUACCUAUGAUGCCAGCUACUAUUGUUUUGAAUGUCAUGAAAAUGAAGAACAUGUCAUACCUGCAAGGGUGAUUCACAACUGGGAUCUGCGUAAACACCAAGUCGCUAAAAAGUGCAAGAUGUUCCUGAUGCAGAUAGAGGAAGAACCUUUGUUUAAUAUUGAUGAAACAAAUCCUACGUUGUACAAUGUAAUCAAGGAGUUACUUGAAGUUAAGGUUGGUCUUGAAAAUGGCAGUGAUAAAAUUCUUAAUUAUUUCUCAACAUGUCAAGAUACUUUUAAUUAAUUUUUUUCAGCACAAAAGUUUACCAUGAUUAUAAUAGCAACAUUGCAAUCUCUUAAAAACAACUUCUGAGAUAGAUAUUAGUAUUAUGAGCCUGUAAUGAUAAGAUUGUCCCUGUUUCUAUCAUGCAAGUGCUGAGUCUGUAUACCAAGAUUAUUAAUUCUGCCAAGUGUCAAAAAAAUAUACACACACAGUUCAGCACAUUCUCAAUAUUUUGUCAAGGGGGGUUUUUUCUGAAGAAACUGUGGUGCUGUGUCGGGGGGAGAGUAUAAAAGGUAAUUUAGUGUAAACAACUGAGUUGAAAGGGUAAAUUCAGGUUACUGUAAAGAGUUUAAAGGCUCAAUCAAUGGCUCUGACAAAGGGCUAACACUCAGAUCUUAAACAAGACUUGGUUUCUUGGGCUGUGUGAUCUCCUCGUAACUAAACAACCAUACCCUCAGAUCUUUUGGCCUUUGUAAAUUUAUUUAAUUUUAAUAUCAAUUGCUGAAGACACUUUAAUUUGGAAAACCAAAGGCACUAUUAGACUGAUCUUUUGAGUCAUGUUUCAUUCACAGGUAUUGAGAUCACAGCUACAGCACUUAAAAGGCUUCCUUUUUACUUGUAAAGAUCCAAUAGCAGAGGAUGUGAGGAGAAGGAUUUGGCCUCGGGAAUAUCUUUGGGAUGAUAUCCAUCAGUAUUCCUUACUGGUCAGUGUCAACCUUAAAAUUUGAUUUUACAUUGGAACCCCACUGUAAGAGCCAGGUUGGGGACAAAGGAAAGUGGACUUGGUUAAAGGGGUUGCAGUUUUUUUUUCUUGUGGAGGGGGGAGGGGUGUAAAAUUCUAUGUGUGUUUUGGGAGGGGCAGGCUUUAUCUAUUUCACAAACAUUUUAUCACUCUCAAGAAAUAUACUGGUAUAUAUGUUAUUUGUGAAAUGAAAUGCCUUUAGGAAAAUUGUCAGAAAGACUGGUGUACAGUCACUUUGAGUGUUUCAGAUGUUUAUUUUCUCUUUUGUGAAAUAAAAAUGUCAAGAUUUGUCUGCUAGGUUGCAGCGUGUCACUUUUCUAAACCAUUUGUUGGUUGGUGAUUGCCAAGCUGUUUCCAACCCUUUAACUCCAUGAGUGACCAACACAGAAUUUCUCCUUUCAAUAUCAAUACAAUAUCAAGCAGACAAGUGAUGAGAGUAGAGAAAAAAAAUCAAUUACAAUAGGGGAUUAGUAAUUGAUCCCAUACUUAAUUCUCUGAACUGAAAUCACAAGAAUUUUAUGGCAGAUAGUAGAGAGUUACUAUUAAUGAUAAUUAAUGUCAAAUGAGAUCUUGAGAUUGAAAGGGGUUGUUAUUAAUAGCAGUGACAUUGCACUUAAUCAGCAGUUGUAGAGAGGUAUGGUGUUGUUCAAGAGAUGCGCCUCUUAAAGUAAUGGCAGUUUCAGUAAUGUUAAUUUUGUAAUACAUAGUGUUUGCAUACAAAGUUUUUGGUUCUACAAAGUUUCCUUUUUUUGAAAUUUUUAUUUAAAGGAUUUGAUUCAAGUGCAAUCUGGGCAGCUGGCUCAUCAUCUUAAAAAGGUCAUUGCCCACUGUACAAAGCAUGUGUACAAGUGUAAGGUGAGAAAUUCUGACUGAUUAAAAUAGAUCAGUGCUUGGAAACUACUUCUUCCCAAAUAAUGUACUUCACCCUUUAAUCCCUAAGAGUGACAAGCAUUUAAAUUCUCCUUAUAAGACCAGCCCUGAGUCAAACAUUAAGGUCACAAGAAUAAAGGAAACGAUCACCAACUAGUAAGAAGUUCUUGAUUUUUGAACAAAUUCUCCUUGUCAGCACCUCACAAUUUGUGUAGAGAACAGUAUGGAGAAUAUGCAUACUGAUAUAGGCUGUAGAGAGUUAAUAGACUGAGUGGGAGGACUGCAUUGGAAAAUAAUUGGCUCGAGCUCCUGACAUACAGACCUGCUGCACUUGAAGCAUGCAUCGUGACCAAGAGCCAUUUAUGUUCCUGUCUCACCUGACCUAACUAAGUAAAUGAGCAGGUCAUUCCUCUUUCUGCCAUUAAUGCAGAGGUACAUUAAAUUGUUAAAGAGUUUGGCAUUUUUCCUUUCAGCUCUGUUGUCAAAAAGGAUUUUUCUGUGAAAUAUGCAAUGACCCGAAAAUCAUCUAUCCAUUUGAAGUGAAAACCACAACUCAGGUAGUAUUAAUUUUUACUUUACUGCCAAUUCACCUAGUAACAGUUUGUACCACUGUUAUACAGAUGAUAAUGCAUAUAAGCAGCCUGACAUCCCUUUUCAUGCUGUGAAAAGGUUUUGUUUAUUGCUAUUAUGAAAUAUGAAAGUACAAAUAUUAACAUUUGUCUUAAACUGAGAUCACUUCAAAAUGGACUGCAAUGUUUCUACUAAUAGUAAUUGCAUAAUGCACAAUGUUUGCAUAAUGCUUGUAUUCUUCAAGAGAUGGGGUUAAAUGUUAUGUUUCAACUUAAACAUCAUCAGAAAUGGCAGUGGUUUGUUAGGUCUCAUAAGCUGACAUAUUACAACUGGCUAUCUGCUCUAAGGUUAUAUGCAAAACCAGUUGUUUACACACCUCAUAACCUGGAGAAGACUAGCAGUAUACAGUUGGAAAGUAGCCUGUUCUAGGCAUGCAGUUAGUGAAAUGGAGUAAUCUAGUAGCUAUGUGAUAAGAGUGGCAGCGUGAAAAGCAAGAGAGGCUUGUGUCAUGUCACGUACAAAACAUCAUGUGACUUGACUCAACACUUCCUUUUUUUCCACUCAUACAAAGGAAGUUUAUUUAAUGAAAAAAUUUACAGUGGUUUAGUAUAGUCUGUACUCUUAUCAACAACGAUAUUGGUCAUCACAGUGGUCAAAAUGUUGUGGACUCAUGAGAUGCAUCCAAGUGAGUCCACUAUGAUAAUUAUAUUACAUUGUUGUUGAUAAGAGUACAGACCACACUAAUCCACUGUCAAUUUGUUAAUUAAACUUCUUACUGUACGAGUUGAUUGUAUGAUGUCAAUUUGUUUUUUUACCACAAUAUCAAUGGCAAAAUUUCCAAGUCAUCCAUUUUUGAGGGCUGAUAAAGGCAUUGCAUGACAUGUUGAUGCAACAGCGUCACUUGUACUCUCAUCAACAAAAUAAUGAAUGCAAACUGGGCUAUCUGAUUGCAAUAUUCCUGCCAAGUGUGGUAAAAAAAAAAAAAUUCACUCACAUAGAAAUUCAUAAGAGAAAUAUUCUGUCCCACAAUGUUUCUUCAUGAUGCACCACAAAAACUUCUAAAGUGCUCAAAACAUUAGAAAGAAGGUUUGCUGGGUUUUCACUUGGCAUAUAAAAGUAGGUAUAGCUGAAGAGAAAAAGCUAAGGCCAUUGAAAUUUAGCUGGAGAAUUCUGCUUUUUCAAGCUGCUCUGUGGUUUUAACUUGAUUGAGAAACCAUCGUAGCACUCAGAAUUUAAGGCAUACAUUGAUAAAUAACAAUGUUUUUGUAUUGAUUCCUGAUUAAACCAAGCUGACCUUUUUUGCUCUUAAAAAAUUUCAGUGUGGAAAAUGCAAGGCUCUGUACCACAAGGCUUGUAUUGCUGAGAAAAAAUGUCCAAAGUGUAUACGGAUAAGAAAAAUACAAUCUGCAAGAACAAAAACUGCAGCUGUUCUGGAGUUUGAUUCACCAUGGUAGUGGCAAACAAGCAAGGCUUUCACUAACUUUUUCCAUAAGCACUAGGUGAUGGUGUAAUAGAAAGCUGUGCCUGGAGAAGGGGUUGUACAUGAAAACCCAAAUGCCAGGGCCUGCUCGCAGCCAAAUUUGACGGCAGUAAGAGGUCUUAUAGGCAGUGGUAGACCAUUAGACUGAGUUGUUCAAAGCUGGGUUACGAUAACUUAGGAUUAGUGCAAAAUUUGAUGUCAGGGAACAGUUUUUUCUAACACAGAUUAGUGCUGACCCAGGAUUAAAUUUUAGUCCAGGUUUCUAUAUUUCUCUAUUCAAAAGCAUUUUUGGAUUAAUUUUCUCCAUCCAAUUUCAAAUUGUAGGAAAAAGGAUUGAUGUGGAUUUUUGUUUAAAGCUCUCAGAUCUGAAAUCAAAUUUCAUUCUUACCCUGAGUUCUCUUAAACCAGCUUUGAACAACCAAGCUCAGAUCUGAAAGCUUUCAAAUAAAAUCCAGCAUAAUUCUUUCUGUCUACAGUGUUGUAAUUGGAUGCUUGAAAGAGGAUACAGAAAGUUAUUCCAAGUAGGCUUUUUAUAAAUAAAUCAAAGAAACCCAGAUUAAAAUUUAACGUUGGGUUAGCACUAAUCAGCCAUCAAACAACUGGGCCCUGGUAACCAGCUUAGACUGGAACUUCUGCAUAUGUAAUUUCAAAAAAAAAAAAAAACAUGAAAAAUCUUUAGACACAUUUUAACAAUUUAAUUUAUUACAUUGUACAUUACUGUUACAGUAAUAACACCCUAUCUACAUUGUAUUUCAUGCAGAAUAACAUUAAUAUUUUCUAAUGUUAACCCUUUCACUCCUACAAGUGACCAAGACAGAAUUUCUCCUUACAAUAUCAAUACAAUAUCAAGCAGGUAGGUGAUGAGAAUAGAGAAGAAUAUCAAUUACGGGAUUAUUAGUUGAUCCAAUACCAAAUUCUCUGAACUAACAUCAUAAGAAUUGUAUGGCAGAUAGUAAGGAGAAUAACUAAUUAGAUCUUGGGAGUGAAAGGGUAAAAAAAUAGCUGUAUCAAACUUUGUAAAAUUAACUCUAAGAUAAAAGAAUCCAGAUGCAUAAUAUUGUAAGUCGUGAUGGAAAAAAGUAUUGUCUCUAAAUGGUACUUUUCUAGCUUUGCCCAGUCUGUGUUAAUUUUGUAAAUGAAAUAAGAAAAAAGUUGAAAUUUUGUAGUUGCAAAAUUUUAUAAUGUAUUCAUCUCAAUUGCGAUAAACAUGGUAUCUUUUUUAGCUCUGACUUGCUGCAUUUAUACUCAGGACCCAAAAUUUAGAAUAAAUUCCUUAAUUGUCUUUUGGUGUCUAGGUGGCAAAAUAAUAUGAUUGCUAGUGGUAAAUUUCUAGUCACCAAUUUAAAAGCUGAGUCCAUAUCUACCCAUAAGAAUGGC